AUGCCCAAGUCGCCCAAAAGAGAUCCCCUUCGAGAAACGGUCAAUGUCCAGCCCGUGUUUGGUCAACCAACGCCGCCAAAGAAUCGGUCAGGGGGAAUGUCGCAUCUUUUUAAUGUGCCGAAGCCUGGCCAGCCUCGACCGGAACAUCACCGACCUCAGCAGACACAAACUCUGAAUGCCUCUGCCGGUGUUCAACCUGGAACGGCUGCCUACGGUGCCGCCAUGAACUCAGCAUUAAACCCUACAAAUUCGCAGCGACCGGGUUCCAAUGGACUCCAGCAUGGCCACUCAGCCCCAGCAUUCAGAUACCCGCCCGGGUUUGCACCAGCUUACACACCGGCUAUGAGCCAGCAGCCCACCGCUCACCAGAGGCCAGUCGCGAUUCAAAGGCCCUCAAAUCCACCAUACCCUUACCAACCAGCUACGAAGCCUGUAUUCUCAGCCCACGCCCAUGGCGGGUUCACUGCAGUCAAUAUCCCAUCGAGAAAUACCAUUGAUCUCACUGGUGAUGGUGACGAUGUUUACGGCGGCUUUGACCCUAACAAAGCUUUUGGUGAUGACAAAUUCGGCGCACCCGACCCAUUCCAAUAUAGAGACCCCGAUCAGGCCGACAAGGACCUGAAAGAUCUUCUCUCCGGACAUUUCGGCGAUGAUGAGGAUGUGCCCAAGCUACGGCUGCGGAAGCGUAAAGUUGCGGCGGCCAAGAAAGAGGAAAAGAGGACAGGUGCUGAUGCACUUGCUGCCAAGCUGGGAGCCCUCGAUGUUAAAGACAAAGAGGAAGAGAAGAAGGCGGAAGAGGAUGAGGAUGAGGACGAAGAGGACGGAACCGUGGAUGGUUUGGCGGUAAAAUUGCUUCCUCACCAGGUUGAGGGGGUGGCUUGGAUGAUCGACCGCGAGAACGGUAAACGCAAGAAAAAUGGGGUGCUCCCAAGAGGUGGAAUUCUUGCAGACGACAUGGGAGUCGGCAAGACGAUUCAAGCUAUUGCACUGAUUAUGACCAACCCACGUCCUGUAGCGGAAUUAUCGGCAGCAACGAAGCCGACUACGAAGAAGGACAAGAUGCCUUCCUCUAUAAGCAAGUGCACACUGAUAGUUGCGCCGGUUGCCGUUGUCUCGCAAUGGCAGGAAGAGAUCAAGGAUAAAGUUUCUCCCGGACAUGCCCCUCGCGUAUUGGUUCAUCAUGGGGCGAAACGGAGCAAGUCGGCUAAAGAGCUGGAGAAGCAUGAUAUCGUCAUUACAACCUUCGGGAUCCUUCACACGGAGCACGCAGCGUCGUCUAAUGAACCUGACGGGCCGAAAGCUCCGCUCUUCGGUGUUCGAUGGUACCGUGUCAUCUUGGACGAAGCACAGAAUAUCAAGAAUAGGUCUGCGAAGUGCACUCAAGCGGCCUAUGCUCUCGAUAGCUGGUACCGCUGGUGCCUCACCGGAACUCCGAUGCAAAACAACUUGGACGAGCUUCAAAGCCUAAUCCGAUUCCUGAGAAUAAAGCCAUACAGCGAUUUUAAAAUGUGGAAAGAGCAGAUCUCCGGUCCUCUGAAGAAUGGAAGAGGGAACCUUGCCAUGAAGAGGCUUAAUUACUUUUUGAAGGCGAUCAUGAAGCGGCGGCUGAAAACCAUCCUCCAAGAGCCAGGGGCGUUAAGUUUUGGUAAGAAAGCCGAGGACGAGGAGCACAAGAAGAGCGCGUUCACAAUUGUGGACAAGACCGUCGAGAUUAUCGAGGCGGAGUUCAACGAACGAGAGCGUCGAUUCUAUGAACGCCUUGUGGACCGGGCACAAGCAAACUUAAACCAAAUGAUGGGUGCUGAGCGUAAAGAUUACAUCGGAGCGCUUGUCCUCCUAUUAAGACUUCGACAAGCCUGCAAUCAUCCAGACCUAGUGGGAGAAGUUCUUGACUCUGAGCAAGAUGCUCUGGACGAAGUGCAAACAGUUCCACAAACUCCGAGGAAGACCACAGGCCAGAGCGAGGAUAUUGAUGACCUCGCAAACAUGCUGGGCGGACUGAGUGUUGUCAAAAAGAAGUGCGACGUUUGUCAGAUCACAAUAGCCCCCGAGGCAGUCCGACGAGGCGAGCUCCGAUGCGAGGAGUGCGAGGAUGACCUUGCAGAUCAAUCACCGCGAGAGGACUUCAAGAAGGGGAGCAGCAAACACGGUUCGAAGAAGUCGGAUAGUCGCCGAAAUCGCAGAGUGGUCUUGGAUAGUGAUGAGGAGGAGGAGGAAGAGGCUGACUGGGUCGUGCCCGAGUCGGAACGCCAGGUUGCAGACCUAGGGAAAGCUGGCGGGACAGAUGAUGAGGAUGUCGAAGGCGGAGGUGAAUCGAUCAAUUCGGAGGACUCCGAUACAGAUGAAGAGUCUGAAGAACGAACUAAACCGUCAAGAACACGUCACCGGGGUCCCAUUGAACUCUCCAGUGGCUCAGAGGGUGAUUCGGAUGAAGAUGGGCUGGAGACAGUAAAGUGUCCCAUGACGUCAACCAAGAUUCGGUAUUUGCUGGGCAUCCUCGAGAAGGAAACUCCGGAACACAAGGUUAUUGUGUUCUCUCAAUUCACGAGCAUGCUGAACUUGAUCGAACCGUUCCUACACAGAAGCGGAUAUCGUUUCGUGCGAUAUGACGGGAGCAUGCGGCCGGACGUUCGAGAUUACAACAUCAAUCAGCUGCGUAACGACAAGAAGACGCGCAUAUUACUCUGCAGUCUCAAAUGCGGCGGUGUUGGACUGAACCUUACAGCCGCUUCGCGAGUCGUCCUCGUGGAACCUUUUUGGAAUCCGUUCGCCGAGUCUCAAGCCAUUGAUCGAGUCCAUCGCAUCAAUCAAACCAAAGCAGUCCAUGUGUACCGGUUAACCGUUGCCGACACUGUAGAGGCGAAGAUCCUUCGGCUACAAGAAGCAAAGCAGGCUCUUGCAAACGCAGCCAUCGAAGGCGGCAGCCGCAAGGACGCGCAGAAAUUGAGCUUCGAAGACAUAUUGAAGCUUUUCGGACGCGAUGCGGAGACCAAGCAUGACGAGGAGAAUCGCAGGUACGGGCGAGUGGAUGAGCGCUUGCAUCAGGCGGGUUCCCAGGCGAUUGAUCUCGUGAGGCAGGUGGCCCGGACGGGUGGCUCUCAGGGGCGGGCCGAGAGGGUAGAGCAUCCGGUAUACGGCAGGAGAUGA